GAGACCUGGGGCACAACUGAUGUCUCAGAGGUCAGAUAAGGGAAUGUUGUAAGGGUCUGAUGGAAUGAAACCCCAUGGCUCCUUAUCCCCUCCCUGGUCCCGCCCCCUGGCCGGACUCUCUAGAAUCACUGUGAGUCCUAUUCCACCGUUUGCUGUCACCAUGGCUGCCUCCUCUCCCCUGACCUCUCUCCCCUCAUUGCCGUCAUUCCCUUUUCCUGAUUCUCCGCUUCUCCUGUGACCAUGACAUUACACUGUCCCACAAGGCACCUUAAAUACAGCUUCCUGUUGCCAGGCUCCGGGCCUCUGGCUGCUUCCUGCGUGACCCCGUGGGUAAGCCCGUCCCCUGGUGCUUCCAGUCCUACGUCUGCCCUGAAGACCCUCACAGAUCUCUGUCCCGUCCCGAUUGUCCUGAGUGCACUCCCCUGCCACUGGUGGGAGGGCCUUCCUCCUGAACAACCUGAGUCAAUAUCCUGGAAGUCACUUUAGACAUUUCUGUGCCUCGCCCAACACUCCCCAUGACUCAGUGCGUUUUGCAAACUGGACUUCCUGAAAAUGUCACAGUGGCUGUCUUCCUCCACCCCCACAGCAGCAGCCCCGCCUCGGGCCUCUGUCUCUCUUACCUGGACACAGUGAGACCACCUGCACCCUGGUCCAGCCUUCUCUGUUCAGUCUCUGUCCCCUCCCCGUCCUGCCCGCUGCAGUUGUGCCCAAAUGCGUCUCUACAUGCCCCAGAUCGGACCCUGUUCCUCCCCUGCUCAAAACCCUCCCACGGCUCCCCGUGGCCCUCAGAGGAAAGGCUGAGAGCAUCACCUGUGUGUGAGCCUCCGAAUCUUCCCUGCAAGUGGUCAGACCUACCUGUGUCCACACCCCUCUCGGCAUCAUGCACCAAGUCCACGUCCUGGGAUGUUCUCUGCCAGGUCUAGACAUGGCCAACUCUUGCUCAGCGGUCCAUCUGCCUGUCCUGGGAUCACCGGUCCCAGAGGCCCUGGGCAAUGCCACCUCUCUGCGAGUUGAGGAGGGCCAGUCCCUACGCCUGGUCUGUGACACUGACAGCCACUUCCCCGCCAGGCUGAGCUGGUCCCGGGGAAGCCUGACCCUGAGCCCCUCCCAGCCUUCAGAUCCCGGGGUCCUAGUGCUGCCCCGGCUGGUCUUGGGGGAUGGAGGAGAAUUCACCUGCCGAGCUCAGCACCCGUGGGGCUCCAACCACGUCUCCCUGAACCUAAUUGUGCAGGGAAUCUCCUGUUCCUGCCCCCUGAUAUCUGGGGAGCCGUGGAACACCUGGCCUCUUGUCCUCACCCUGCUCAGAGGGGCCCUCAUGGGGGUUGGCUUCCUUCUCACCUAUGGCCUCACCUGGAUCUACUACACCAGGUUCAGAGGCUCCAAAGAGCAUAAGGCUGCAGGUUGUAAGUGAGCCCCCUUCCUCACCGUGAUGCCGAUGCCUGACGGCUGAAGAACCAUCCAACUAUUACAUCCCAAGACUCACCCUGGCACAGCUCUUGUGGAGCAAGGCGGUGCUGGAUGGCGUGGCCCUGCCUCUUCUCCAGAACUAAAGUCUCUUCACCUCUGCUCCCCGAGAAGCUUCCUGGUGGUUCUGCACCAAUGGCGGGAGAGGGCAAGUGAGGGGAUGGAUAAAUCUUUGUUAUUAUUAAUUUGAAUUAUGUAGCCCCUCUGUAACAUUUUGCUUCUACCUUAAUGUGGUUGGGAUAAGCCCAUAAUUCAACCCCAUACUAUAUUGUUAUAAAUCUCAUAAUAUUAUUAUUUUUAAAACAGCGAAUGUUAAAGAGAUCUUUUUUCUCUCUUUUUUGAUGUUUCCUUUCUUUUUUUCUUCCUUCUUUUUGAAUCCAAAUUAGUUAACAUAUAGCAUAAUAAUAAUUUCAGGAAUAGAAUUUAGCGAUUCAUCGCCUACAUAGAACACUCAGUGCUCAUCCCAACAGGUGCCCUCCUUAAUAUCCCUUGCCCAUUUAACCCCCACCCCCACCCAAUACCUCACCAGCAACCCUCAGAUUGUUCUCUGUAUUUAAGAGUCUCCUAAGAUUUGUCUCCCUUUCUGCUUUUGUCUUAUUUUUGCUUCCCUUCCCUUAUGUUCAUCUGUUUUGUCUCUUAAAGUCCUCCUGUGAGUGAAGUCAUAGGAUAUUUGUCUUUGUAUGACUGACUAAUUUUGCUUAGCAUAAUACCCUCCAGUUCCAUCCACGUAGUUACAAAUGGCAAGAUUUCAUUCCUUUUGAUUGCCGAGUAAUACUCCAUUGUGUAUAUAUAUACCACAUCUUCUUUAUCCAUUCAUCCAUCGAUGGACAUUUGGGCUCUUUCCAUACUUCGGCUAUAGUUGAUAGUGCUGCUAUUAACAUUGGGGUGUACGUGCCCCUUCGAAACAGCACACCUGUAUCCUUUGGAUAAAUACCUAGUAGUGCAAUUGCUGGGUCAUAGGGUAGUUCUAUAUUUUUAAUUUUUUGAGAAACCUCCAUACUGUUUUCCAGAGCGGCUGCACCAGUUUGCAUUCUCCACAGCGGUGCAAGAGGGUUCCUCUUUCUCCGCAUCCUCGCCAACAUCUGUUGUUUCCUGAGUUGUUAUAAAGAGAUCUCUUUUAUUAGAAAAAGAAACCAUUUCAUGUUUAUCCACAUAUUAACCACUCGAUUGCUCUUAAUUUCUUUGUAUACAUUAAGAUUUCUCUACAGCGUCACUUUCCUUGUGCCUGAAAUAUUUUCUUAUAUUUCUUGUGGCAUAGGUAUGCUGGUGAUGAAUUCUCUCAGCUCUUUUUUGUCUAAAAGCUUCUGUUUACAUUAGCUUGGAAAGAUAUUUUUUAUUGGGUAAAGAAUUUUAGGAUAACAUUGUCUUCCCUUUCAGUUCUUCAAAUUCUUUUGGUUUUCAUAGUUUCUUGUGAGAAUUCUAUAAUUCUUAUCUUUCUUUGUUUGUAGUUUGUCUUUUUCUCUGGCUGGUUUUAAUAUUUUCUCUUUUUCCCUGGGUUUAAAUCAUUUGGUUAAUAUAUGCCUUCGGGUGUGUGUGUGUGUGUGUGUGUGUGUGUGAAGGAAGAGACAGGAAGAUGGGGGGAGUGGUAGAGGGGAAAACAAAGAGAGAGAAAAUAUUAUCCUGUUUGGAAUUUGUUGAGUACCUUGGAUCCGUGG